AUGUCCUCUCAAAAUCCUGGGACAUUCACUGCCGUUCUCGAUGUGGAGAAUUCAGCCUCUCGCACUCUGCAAGACAAGUCCGAAACAUCCACGGCAAUAAUGAACACAGAGAAGACACCGUGUGAUGGGGAGAAUGGACGACCGCCGGGCCAGUCUACCAUAGGGGACGUGAAGACCCCGCCUUCCUCUGAAGAUGAGUACUUGGUCAACUUAGAUGCGGCGGAGAAUCCCAAGAAUCUUUCGACCGCCCGGAAAUGGGUCAUUGUGAUAGUCAUCAGCACCGGCGCUCUAUGUGCCACAUUUGCGUCGUCAGUGGCUGCCUUCACGGAAGCGGGCCUUGCAAAAGACCUGCAUACAGUCCACGAAGUUACGAUAUUGAGUAUCAGUCUUUUUGUUUUUGGACUUGGUAUGGGUCCCCUCCUGGUCGGUCCUCUAUCCGAGUUGUAUGGACGGAACAUUAUUUAUCGAAUAUCCUACUUGCUGUGUUUUGCUUUCACGUGGCCUACUGCUUUCCCUCCAAAUAUCGAGGUCUUCCUCGUAUUUCGAUUUAUCACCGGUUUCUGCAGUGCUGCCUUUUUGAGCGUUGCAGGAGGCAGUGUGAGUGAUCUUUUCGUCAAUGCGCAAGUUGCAUCUCCUAUGGCGGUCUAUACUAUGGCUCCGUUCAUUGGCCCUGUAAUCGGACCCAUAGUCGGAGGCUUUAUUAACCAAAAUGUCGAUUGGAGGUGGACAUACAGGGUGCUGCUCAUGUGGCAGUUCGUGGAGAUCAUCUUGCUGCUACUGCUUGUCCCCGAAACAUAUGAGCCGCUACUCUUGCAAUCCAAAGCUCGACGCGUGCGCAAGGAGACCGGCGAUGACAAGUAUUACGCGCCUCUCGAUCGGCGGGAGCGGAGCAUUCUCAGCGCAAUGUUGUUCAGUUGCUAUACGCCUUUCAAGCUCAUAUUGUUCGACAGAAUGGCACUUGCUCUGGAUACAUGGAAUGCACUCCUUCUGGGAAUUCUGUAUCUUUCUUUCCAGGCCUUCCCCAUCAUCUUCGGAAGUUUGCACGGCUUCACCUACGGAGAAACAGGACUAUCAUUCCUUGGAAUUGGUAUAGGAAUGUUUGCCGCUCUCGCGACGCAACCAUUGUGGAAUCGUUUCUAUCGGAAGCAGACGAUCAAGUACAACGGGCCUCCUCCGCCAGAAACCCGCCUGGUCAUGGGCCAAUGGGGUGCGAUCAUGGCACCGAUAGGUCUCUUUUGGCUUGCAUUCACCACAUACAAGCACGUCUUCUAG